AUGGGCGAGUUCAUUCCUGGACGGAAAUGGACUCUGCCUAUGGAAGAAACGGGCAAGUGGCAGAGUAAAUUCAAAGACGUGGCCCUGAUUACGAAGGAAUCACAAAUGUACCCUGGUUUCUGCGAAGCUGUGAACUUGGUCUUAAACAUGGACAAGGACAACCGUCUCGUCGCGCGGGACAUGGCAGACAGGGCCGACGCGACCGAAGACGGGGCGAAACUGAUGGGCCUAAGUCCUAUAGUGCGACCCGAUGUAUCAAUCUAUGCAAAAACUCCCGAAGCAGUUAGGGACUACGAGCUCACCGCUGCAGAGGUCAAGAGGAGCGCGUGCGCAGAGGCUCGACAUGAACAUCUUGCCAGGGUCUGCCGGCAGCACCUGUGCGUGCCAGUCGAAAUCAAGAUUGAUCACACGUCGUUAGCGUUCGAAUUUCUGAACCCCGAGAAGAAGCCGCCUGUCCGAGGGGAGAGCGCGAAGGGCCAAAUCACGGAUUACGCCUCUAAGAUUCUCCUUGCCCAGCACCGCGAGUUCUGCCUUCUGGUAUAUAUCUUCAGAUCUUUCGCGCGACUGGUACGAUGGGACCGUUUCGGGGCGGUUGUGUCCGAGCGAUUCAAUUAUAUCAGGGGUCGCACAUUGCAGACGUUCAUUCACAGAGUGGGCCAUAUGUCGGAUUCUCAGCUUGGAUGCGAUCCGACUGUUGUUCCUGCUACGCCCGCAGAAGUCACGCUCAUGGCCAGUUGCAAGGACAGGCUGAACGACUACCACAAGCUAUGUCUGGAUGAAGCAAUGUCGGAUGGGUGGCCUAUUCACAAAGUCGCAUUCUAUGCGAAGGACGUCGUCGACAGCGAGGCGCUGCGCAAGGCCGCAAGGUCUGCUUCAGGAUCCGCGCCCAUUUGCAAUUCCCCUCCUCAUUCGCCUUCUCCUUCUGACUCUGUAUCCUUCGAUGAUAACGCCACGCUUCCCUCGGAGACUUGCAGUACUUGUGUCCACUCUGAUGAUGCGCUGAUAUCGGAGCCUGUACGAUAUUUCCUCAUUGGUAGGCCACGAUUUGCGGCGCACUCACCUACGGGCCGGGCUACAUGGGGAUACGUGGCCUACGACAUGGAAGCGGGGGGGCUGGCAUUCCUGAAGGACACAUGGCGUCCCGACUCCUCAAGAACACACACGGAGCGCCAGGUAUACGAACGUCUGUACAGGCAUGACGUCCAACCCUUCUAUAUGGUGGUGAUGUCAGUCCAACCGGAGAACAAUGCCAGCAGACGCCGCACGCAGGACUUUGGCGACUCGGUUCUUGGUCGAAUCCAUUACCGCCUGGUGAUGAAGGAAGUUGGUCGUCCUUUAGACGACCACUAUGACUCUGUAGAGAUGGUCGGGGUUAUCUUCUAUGCGCUGAUGGCCCACCAUGAAGCCUGGGAGAAGGCUGGUGUACUGCAUCGAGAUGUGAGCGUCGGCAAUGACUUGGCUGACGAAGACCCCGACGAGCCGCCUUACCACGAUGGUGGCCCUAAGCGUGUCAAAGGGUUUCGGAACGAUCGGGACCUGCGCAAAUAUGCGCAUGAGCUGGAUAGCGGGCCCACCCAGAAAUCGCGCUCGGGAACGUGGCGAUUCAUGUCAGCGUUACUACUUCAAUUUCCAGGAAGACGCUACGAAGUUUCGGACGAUCUGGAGUCAUUUAUGCACGUCGUGAACUGGCUGGCCCUGAAAUGGUACCGACGCCAUCUCCGUAUAGCAAACACGCUGCGGCAACACGUCGCUGAUACUUGUGAUAAAUGGACCCGUCUUGAUGGCUACGACGUGGGUGGGGAACGUAAGCUCCUGCGGAUACGGAUCGGCAAAGUGCCUUUUCGAUUAACGAUCAAGGGUGGGCUCAGCAGCCUUAGCGAGAGACUCGUGGAGCUUUGCCAUGAGCGUUACAAGACUGUCGAUAUGGCCGCUCUGAGAGCACAACCCGAAAGCCCCGGACAAGAUCUGUUACGCAGUAAGGUGAUACUCGACUCCCCUACAGAUGAUGACGACGCGCCUCUUGACCCGGAAGACGACAAACACGAAGCAGCUAGCUCGAAGGCUCCCUCCGCAGCUUUGUCGACCCACAAAUGA